AAUUUCUAACACCACAUUAGGGUGGAAAAACGAGACGUAUUGCGUUUUGCCGGUUUUUCUUUUUCCUGCACAGCAACAACAACGACAGACAGAGACAGGUAUCAAAAUUAAUGAAUGAUGUCACAUGGUAGGCGGAGAUGGCAAUGGCAGAAGAAAGAAAAGAAAACAUAAAAAAAUGGGGAUGGAGAUGGCAAUGGCAGAAGAAGAAAAGAAGAAACAGAAGAAUACUAAUGGAGAGUUGACCAUAUUCAAAUCCAGAGAGAUAUACCCAACGAAUCUUAUUCACGCAGUUGUAGCUUUGGGGUUAUGGCUUGGCUCUAUCCAUUUCAACUUCCUCUUGCUCUUUCUUUCCUUUCUCUUCCUACCUUUCUCCAAAUUCCUUCUAGUUGUUGGAUUGCUUUUGGUGUUUAUGAUUAUUCCGAUCAACGAUGGCAGUAGGCUAGGUCGGCGUCUGUGCAGGUAUAUAUGUAGGCACGCUUGCAGUCAUUUUCCCAUUACUCUCCAUGUUGAAGAUAUAAAUGCCUUUCGUUCUGAUCGGGCUUAUGUCUUCGGUUAUGAGCCACAUUCAGUUUUCCCCCUUGGUGUGGUCGUACUUGCAGACCAUGUGGGUUUCUUGCCUCUUCCUAAAAUAAAGGUCCUUGCAAGUAGUGCUGUAUUCUACACGCCUUUCUUAAGGCAUAUAUGGUCGUGGUGUGGUCUUACACCAGCAACAAAGAAAAAUUUUACUUCCCUCCUGGAUGCUGGUUAUAGUUGCAUAGUGGUGCCUGGUGGAGUUCAAGAGACAUUUUAUAUGAAACAUGGAACUGAGAUUGCUUUUCUUAACAAGAGAAGAGGAUUUAUUCGAAUAGCUAUGGAGAUGGGCAAACCCUUGGUUCCAGUUUUCUGCUAUGGUCAAUCACAUGCCUACAAAUGGUGGAAACCUGAUGGCAAGUUAUUUAUGCAAUUUGCUAGAGCUAUUAAGUUCACCCCGAUUGUCUUUUGGGGAAUUCUCGGAUCUCCUUUACCCUUCCAACAUCCAAUGCAUGUUGUGGUGGGUAAACCAAUUGAGCUGAAGAAAAAUCCACAGCCUACCAUGGAAGAGGUUGCUGAAGUACACAGACAGUUUGUUGCGUCACUUAAAGAUCUUUUUGAAAGGCACAAAGCACGGGUGGGUUAUUCAGACCUUAAACUUGAAAUCCUUUGACCCCAAAGCCAGGAGCUUCAUCUAGUUUUGCAGGAUUUCAUUGUCCUUUAUUUAUACCCUUUUUGUUCAUAUGUUGUAUUCAUUUGAUGAUGAGGGGAAUGAAAUGUAGCACAGCUAAUAAGCCCUUAUUGUGGCAAUAAAAAGUUGUAGUUCCC